AUGUUGAAUCAAGAUUUACCAAUUGCACUAGAAAAAGUAAGUCGUCAAUUGAAAAAAAAUUUUGGUAUAUGGUUUGGUCCCAUUUUUGGAGUGUUUAUAGUUGAGCCAGAUGAUAUAGAGUUGAUUGCUGAGAAAACAAAAAGUAAUUCAAAACGUGAAGAUAAUGAAAACAAACUUCAAUUUAAUUUUUCAUUAUUCAAUCAAUUAUUUAGCAGUGAUGAGGCAACACAAGAAUGGACCAAGGACGACAUAAAGAAACAUUUACUCACAUUAUAUGUUACAGCACAUGACACUCUGCACGGUCUCAUAUCAUUUUCAUUAUUAAUGAUUGCAAUGCAUCAAGAAGUUCAAGAUAAAAUACGUCAAGAAGUUAAAGAAGUUGUUGAAGUAUUUCGACUUUUUCCUAUAACACCAUUAUUAGGAAGGGUUACAAAUGAUGAUCUAAAACUAACUUCAUAUACACUACCCAAAGGAUGCUCUAUCGCUUUGUUAGCAUUUGGAGUCCAGAGAAAUCCAAAUUAUUGGAUUGAACCAGAUAAAUUUAAUCCAGAACGUUUUACACCUGAAAACUCUAAAAACAUUCCAUUUAGCAGAGGUGUUAGAAUGUGUCCAGGCUAUAAAUAUGGACUUGCUUGUUUAAAAAUUAUUAUUUGUCAUGUUAUUCGUAACUAUGAAUUAUCGACAAGCAUGAAAAUGAGUGACUUGGAUUUGUAUAUGAAUGUAUCAAUACAUAAUCGUACUGGUUAUCCUUUGAUUGCUGAAAAAACAAAAAAUUAUCCAAAAUCUAAAGAUAAUGAAAACGAUUCUAAAUUUCGUUGUUCAUUAUUCGAUCAAUUAUUUAGCAAUGUUGAGGCAACACAAAAAUGGACUAAAGAAGAAACAAAGACGAAUUUAUUCACAUUGUUUUUAGCAUCACACGAUACUCUACAUGGUACCAUAUCGUUUUCGUUAUUAAUGAUUGCAAUGCAUCAAGAAGUUCAAGAUAAAAUACGUCAAGAAGUUAAUGAAAUUGUUGGUGAUGAAUUAAUCAAUGAAAAUGUUUUAAACAAUUUAACAUAUAUUGAUAUGACACUGAAAGAGAUAAUACGACUUUUUCCUAUAGCACCUCUUAUGGGAAGAGUUACUAGUGAUGAUUUAAAACUAACUUCACAUACAGUACCCAAAGGAUGCUCUAUCGCUUUGUUUGCAUUGGGAGUCCAUAAAAAUCCAAAAUAUUGGAUUGAACCAGAUAAAUUUAAUCCAGAACGUUUUUCAGUUGAAAACUCUAAAAAUCGUCCAAAAUAUGCCUACAUUCCAUUCAGUGGAGGGGCUAGAAUGUGUCCAGGCUAUAAAUAUGGACUUGCUUGUUUAAAAACUAUUAUUUCUCAUGUUAUUCGUAACUAUGAAUUAUCGACAAACAUGAAAAUGAGUGACUUGGAUUUGUAUAUGAAUGUAUCAAUACAUAAUCGGACCGGUUAUCCUGUAUCAUUAAAAAAAUUAAAAUCAUAA